AGGCCGCAGCAGCCGCAGCAGCAGCAGCAGCAGCAGUCGAUGGCGGGUCGAGCGAGUGCGGUGGCUGGGAAGAAGAAGAAGCAGCGACGCUCAUGGAGCCGACUGGAGAUCGCGCUGACGGUGACGGCCUCUCUGUUCGUGGUGGCCUGCGCCGCUCUCAUCGCCGUCGCCUGGCUCGCCGUGGAGGACAGCAAACAGAGCGGCAAGACAGAGAGGACUGCGCUGUCUGGCAGCAUGAAGAUCGUCACCGGAGUCGAGUUCACGCCGGCGCUCCUCGACCGCGAGUCGGCCGAGUUCAAGACGCUCGCCUUCGACUUCGAGAAAACGAUCAACGACGUCUAUUCCGCCAGCGCUAUGAAGAAUGACUACAUCAGCUGCAAGGUGCUGACGUUCAGGUCGGGCAGCGUGCUCACCUCCUUCGGGCUCGAGUUCUUCUCCGGGUCCUCCGUGCAAUCGGUGGUGGACGAGGCGCUGGCGACGCUCAAGGAGGCCAUCGUGCCCCUGGGCGGCGGGUCCACGGAUGGCCGGCUCGGACGCUUCACGGUCGACUCGACGAGCGUGGACGUCAACGGUGUGAAGCCCACGGAGCCCGGGAAACCGCCAGGAGAAACGAGUACUCCCAAGACAACAACUCAGCCAGGCAAAACGACCACCACCAAACAACCCCCGACAGGCAAACCGACAACCCCCAAAGAACCCUCGACAGACGUUUGCUCGCUGGGCCAGAAGCAGUGCCACAACAGCAGCACGGCGUGUGUCUACGAGGAGCUCUUCUGCGAUGGGAACGUGGACUGCUCAGAGGGCUCCGAUGAGACGCCCACGGACUGCGCCUUCUGCCCGCUGCUGUUCACGUGCGGGGACCGCUCGUGCGUGCCCUCGUUCCGCGUCUGCGACGGCAAAGACGACUGCGCCGACGGGAAGGACGAGCAGGGCUGUGUCCACCUGGCACUGGGGGAGUCACACAGCCUGCAGCUGUCUAGCGGCACGGUGGACGUGAGCGUGGCGGCGUCGUUCCACGCGGCCUGCGCCGACAACUGGAACGGUCACCUGUCCGUCGCCGUGUGUCGCCAGGUCAGCCAGGGGCCCCCGAAGUACGCGACGUCGGUGCUGGCCUCCGACUACGCCUACACGAGCUUCGCUCUCGUCAUCAACGCGCCGGACAACCCCGUCGACUACCUCCAGAGCGCCAUCGGUGCCGUGACCACCAAGUGUCCGAGCGAGAGGCUCAUCUUCGUGGCGUGCGAGCCCAAUGAGUGCGGCCUGCAGCCAGCCCUGCAGCCAGCGGGUCGCGUCGUCAACGGAGAGCCGGCGCAGGCGGGCAGCUGGCCUUGGAUGGCGUCGCUCUCCGUGGCACGGAGGCAUCGGUGCGGCGCCUCGCUCAUCAACAACGAGUGGCUGGUCACGGCCGCUCACUGCAUCGUCAACACUGACCCCAACUCCCUGCAGGUGGUGCUUGGCUCGCUGGCCACGGUGGCGGGCAGCAUCCCGGCGGGCGCCGUGGUGCGGUCGGUGCGCGCCCUGCUGCCCCACCCGUGCUACGGGGACGCCGCGUGCAGCCCCACGGCCGUGGACUACGACGUGGGCCUCGUGCGCCUCGCCAGCCCCCUCGAGGGCAGCGUCACGGCCUCGGGCCUGGUGGGGCCGGCGUGCGUCCCCCCAGGCGACUUGGUCUUCAACGACGGCGAGCUGUGCUUCACCUCCGGCUGGGGCAAGGACGGCGCCGGCGCACUGCCCAGCGUUCUGCAGGAGCUGCGCAUCCCCAUCAUGAACCAGCAGCUGUGCAACGAGUCGAUCCACGUGGGGAAGGUGUCGCCCAGGAUGAUCUGCGCCGCCUACAAGGCCGGGCACGCCGGCGUGUGCUCCGGAGACAGUGGCGGACCGCUGGUGUGCCAGCGCUUCGACGGGCGCUGGUACCUGGCCGGCAUCACCAGCUGGGGCUUGGUCGACUCGGAGGGGCGCUGCUCCGUCAACUACGACGUCUUCGCGCGCGUCACCUCCUUCUCCUCCUGGAUCGAGUCCAUCCAAUCGCAGGCGGCGUGCGGUGCCGGCGAGCUGUCGUGCGACGCGGUGACGUGCGUGCGUCGCCGCGCGAUCUGCGACGGCGUGGAGAACUGCGCCGACAAGACCGACGAGGCCAACUGCGCUUCGGGCUGCGAUGACAAUUUCCUCUUCACGGAGACGUCGGGAGAUUUCCACUCCAUCAACUACCCCCAGAACUACGAGGACAACACGAACUGCCGAUGGAUCAUUCAGGUCCCCCAGGGCCACGCCAUCGACUUCACGUUCUCGGCCUUCAGCGUGGAGUUCAACUACGACUUCCUGCGCAUCUACAGCGGACUGGGAGAGGACAUGCUGCUGAGAGCUUCGCUCACGGGAACCGAGAACCCCGGUUUGGUGCGACUCUUCUCCAACGUGGCCACCGUCGAGUUCUCGAGUGACGUCAGCCUCAACAGCAGCGGCUUCGCCGCUCGCUACAGCUCCUUCUUCUUCGGAGACCUCUCCAACAAGGAGCUCAUCGACUGCACGUUCGAGUCGGGCUGGUGCUACUGGGAGCAGGACCCCUACGACAGCGCCGACUGGGAGCGGCUGAGGGGCCCCAGCAGCCCCCAGGGCUCCGGCCCGGACGUGGACCACACCGUCGGCGACGCCACCGGCUACUACAUCCGUGGGUCGGUGAACGGCGUGGCGGCCAGCCUCGUCAGCCAGCUGCUCGCUCCGCAGACAUCGACGGCGUGCUUCCAGUUCUGGUACCACAUGCAUGGGGUGGACGUCUACCGCCUCACUGUGUUCCUGCGGAGGGAGGGAGCGGCCGACUCUCUCCUGUGGCAGAAGGAGGGGAACUACGGCAACCAGUGGCACUACGGGCAGAUCGCCAUCAGCCAGACGCAGAGCUUCAAGGUGGUGGUGGAGGCGCGCCGCAGGCUGCACCAGCUGUUCAACGAGAUUGCGCUGGAUGACGUGGCGCUCAUCCCCGGGGUCUGCCCCUCCCCGUCCCCAGAGCCCCCGAUUAUCACCACCACCGCCCCCCCGUGUCCCCCGGGCCAGUUCGUGUGCGCCGACAUCUCGUGCGUCCCCCUGUCCGCUCGCUGCGAUGGCAUCAACGACUGCAACGACGCCUCCGACGAAGCCUCCUGCAAUUCCGGCUGUGACGACAACUUCCUGCUCACGGGGAUGUCCGGGAGCUUCAACUCCAUGAACUUCCCCGGGGACUACAACGACAACGCCAACUGCCACUGGAUCAUCCGGGCCCCAGAUGACUACGCCGUCCAAAUCUCGUUCUCGGCCUUUGCGCUUGAAAACAGAUACGACUUCCUCAAGAUCUACAAGGGCCUGGGCCCCGACAAGGAGCUCCAAGCCUCGUUGACGGGAACGAGCAUUCCAGGCGACGUGCGGGUCUUCAGCCACGAGCUCACCGUGGAAUUCACCUCCGACGCGAGUCAAACAGACAGCGGCUUCAGUGCCACCUUCACAGCGUUUGACUUCUCCGGACUCACGAACAAGGAGCUGGUGGACUGCUCCUUCGAGUCGGGCUGGUGCUACUGGGACCAGGACCCUUAUGACAGCGCUGACUGGGAGCGGUUGAGCGGGCCCAGCUCUCCACCCAACACUGGCCCGGACGUGGACCACACCUUUGGGAAUUCUUCAGGGUUCUACAUCCGGAACCAAAACAGCGGCGUCGCCACAAGCAUCCGCACGUUUACCUUGGACCCCGAACCCAACCCCACGUGCCUCAAGUUCUGGUUCCACAUGUACGGGGUGGACGUCUAUCGCCUCUCCGUGUCCCUGCGGAGGGAGGGAGUGCCCGAUAUUCCCGCGUGGCUCAAAGAGGGGAACUACGGCAACGUUUGGCACUACGGGCAGCUCUCUUUCAUAGAAGCAAAUUCCUUCCAGGUGGUGUUUGAGGCCCGGCGGAGAGCCGGCAGCAGCGAGAUAGCGCUGGACGACAUCUCGCUGGAGCCUGGGGUCUGCCCGGAGUUGCCCUAUUCCCCGCCCACCCCUAUAAUCCCUACCACCCCCCCGUGUUCUCCGGAUGAGUUCGUGUGCGGGGACAUCUCCUGCAUCCCUCUACUCGCGCUCUGCGACGGCGUCACCGACUGCAACGACACCUCGGACGAAGUUGCCUGCAAUUCCGGCUGUGAUGACAACUUCCUGCUUACGGGGACAUCCGGGAGCUUCAACUCUAUGAACUUCCCUGAGAACUAUGUAAACAAUGCCAACUGCCGCUGGAUCAUCCGGGCCCCAGAUGGCUACGCAGUCCAAUUCUCAUUCUCGGCCUUUGAUCUUGAAAACAAUUACGACUUCCUCAAGAUCUACAAGGGACUGGGCGCUGACAAGGAGCUCCAAGCUUCAUUGACGGGAACAAGCAACCCCGGCGACGUUCGGGUCUUCGCUCACGAGCUCACCGUGGAGUUCACCUCCGAUAGCAGUCAAGUCAAAAGCGGCUUCAGCGCCUCCUUCAGCACAUUCGACUUCUCUGCUCUCACAAACAAGGAUCUGGUGGACUGCUCCUUCGAGUCGGGCUGGUGCUACUGGGACCAGGACCCUUACGACAGCGCCAACUGGGAGCGGCUGAGUGGGCCCAGCUCUCCAGCCACCACUGGCCCGGACGUGGACCACACCUUUGGGAACUCGUCAGGGUUCUACAUCCGGAACCAACACAGCGGCGUCGCCACGAGCAUCCGCACGUUUACCUUGGACCCCGAACCAAACCCCACGUGCCUCAAGUUCUGGUACCACAUGUAUGGGGUGGACGUCUAUCGCCUAUCCCUGUCCUUGCGAACCGAGGGAGUGGCUGACGUUCCCCUGUGGGUCAAGGAGGGGAACUACGGCAACCAGUGGCACUACGGGCAGCUCAACUUCAGCCAAUCACAGAACUUCCAGGUUGUGUUUGAGGCCCGGCGGAGGGCCGGCAGCAGCGAGAUAGCGCUGGACGACAUCUCACUGGAGCCUGGGGCCUGCCCGGAGUUGCCCUACCCUGAGCCCACCCCGAUAAUACCCACCACCCCCCCGUGUCCCGCGGGUCAGUUCGUGUGCGCCGACAUCUCAUGCAUCCCCCUGUCCGCUCGCUGCGACGGUGUCAACGACUGCAACGACGCCUCCGACGAAGCCUCCUGCACUUCCGGUUGUGAUGACAACUUCCUGUUCACGGGGACGUCCGGGAGCUUCAACUCCAUGAACUUCCCCGACAACUACGAGAACAACGCCAACUGCCGCUGGCUCAUCCGCGCCCCGGAGGGCUACGCCAUCCUGUUCACCUUCUCGGCGUUUGCGCUCGAAAACCAGAACGACUUUUUCAACAUCUACAAGGGGAUUGGCGCCGCCAAAGAAAGGCUGGCUUCGUUGACCGGAGUCAGCAACCCCGGCGAUGUGCGGGCCUUCGCCCACGAGCUCACCGUGGAGUUCACCUCCAACAGCCGCCAAACGUAUGGCGGCUUCAACGUCUCCUUCAGCGCGUUCGACAUCUCGGCACUCACAAACAAGGAUCUGGUGGACUGCACCUUCGAGUCGGGCUGGUGCUACUGGGACCAAGACCCCUACGACAGCGCCGACUGGCAGCGGCUGAGCGGUCCCAGUUCUCCACCCACCACUGGCCCGGAUGUGGACCACACCUUUGGGAACUCGUCGGGGUUCUACAUCCGGAAUCAAAACAGCGGCGUCGCCACGAGCAUCCGCACGUUUACCUUGGACCCCGAACCCAACCCCACGUGCCUCAAGUUCUGGUUCCACAUGAAUGGGGUGGACGUCUAUCGCCUCUCCGUGUCCCUGCGGACGGAGGGAGUGGCCGAUGUUCCCCUGUGGGUCAUGGAGGGGAACUACGGAAACCAGUGGCACUACGGGCAGCUCAACUUCAGCCAAUCACAGAACUUCCAGGUUGUGUUCGAGGCCCGGCGGAGGCCCGGCAGCAGUGAGAUAGCGCUGGACGACAUCUCGCUGGAGCCUGGGGCCUGCCCGGAGUUGCCCUAUCCUCUGCCCACCCCUAUAAUACCCACCACCCCCCCGUGUCCCGCGGGUCAGUUCGUGUGCGCGGACAUCUCGUGCAUCCCCCUGUCCGCUCGCUGCGACGGCGUCAACGACUGCAACGACGCCUCCGACGAAAUUUCCUGCACGUCGGGUUGCGACGACAACUUCCAGUUCACGGGGACGUCCGGGAGCUUCAACUCCAUGAACUUCCCCGGCAACUACGAGGACAACGCCAACUGCCGCUGGAUCAUCCGCGCCCCGGAGGGCUAUGCCGUCCAGUUCACCUUCUCGGCGUUUGAUCUCGAAGACCGGUACGACUUUGUCAACAUCUACAAGGGGAUCGGCGCCGCCAAGGAGAGGCUGGCUUCGUUGACGGGAACGAACAACCCUGGUGAUGUGCGGGCCUUCGCUAACGAGCUCACCGUGGAGUUCACCUCCGACAGCAGCCAAGUGCGAGGAGGCUUCAGCGUCUCUUUCACCGCAUUCGACUUCUCCCAACUCACGAACAAGGAGCUGGUGGACUGCUCCUUCGAGUCGGGCUGGUGCUACUGGGACCAGGACCCUUACGACAGCGCCGACUGGGAGCGGUUGAGCGGGCCCAGCUCUCCAGCCAGCACCGGCCCAGACGUGGACCACACCUUUGGGAAUUCGUCAGGGUUCUACAUCCGGAACCAGAACAGCGGCACCGCCACAAGCAUCCGCACGUUUACCUUGGACCCCGAACCCAUCCCCACGUGCCUCAAGUUCUGGUACUACAUGUACGGGCGGAAUGUCUAUCGUCUCUCCCUGUCCCUACGGACGGAGGGAGCGGCCGACGUUCCCCUGUGGUCCAAGGAGGGCAACUACGGCAACCAGUGGCACUAUGGGCAGCUCUCCUUCAGCCAAUCGCAGAGCUUCCAGCUGCCCCGCUGA